CGUAAAUUUGAAUAAAUGCUUAAAUCCGAUUAUGUAAGGACUGCAGGUAAGUGCUUGUAAAGUGAUCCUGGUUGCACGAAUAUCAUAAUUCAGUUACUACUUUCAAAGCAAGGCCCGGUUGAAAGAGGUACACGAUCGCGUAACGGACGUUGCGAUGAACUAGUAGAUAUCCGUAAAAGGUUUUCAUUUGCUGGCUUUUUGAUAACCCCAAAGUGUAUGACGUUACGGUAACGGCUACAAGCUGGGCUACAGGUCAUAAGUGUAUAUUACUCUAUUAAAUUUAAGUCAGUAGAACCUAGUCUAUAUUGUUAGCAGAAAUCCGAAAAAUGGCAUCACGAUAUCGACCACUUUCAGAGCAACUUAAAAAAUUUGCUCAAGAAGAACUAAAUGAAGUUGAAGAUCGGGUGGAUGACGAUGUCAGACACAUUAAAGAUUGGUUUGUAAAGCAAGCCCACUUGAACUUUCAAUUAGAGGAUCAGUUAGUGUUAUCCUUUCUUCGCUGCACCAAGUUCCGAUUAGAAAAAGCCAAAGAAAAAAUUAAUGGUUACUUUACUAUGAGAAGUUUAAUACCCGCAUUGUUUAGUACCCGAGAUCCAUUUUUACCGGAAUUACAACGUCUUCUUAACGCCGGAAUAAUGGUUCCGUUACCAAAAGUAGAUGAACGUGGAUCUAGAAUACUACUAAGCACUUCUGGAAAAAAUCUCAAUCCAGACACAAUGAGCUUACAGAGUUUUGCAAAAAUAUGUUACAUGAUCGCAGAUAUACUACUCAGAGAAGACGACCAAGCAAUCGUCAAUGGUUUGACUAUUGUUAUUGCGUGCAAAGGUGCACAACACAAAUAUGUACCUCAGCUAACACCCACAUUUAUCAAAGAACAAGCAUACGUUGUGCUUAACGCCCCUUUCAGAAUCUCCGGCAUGUAUAUUGUAGAUUGUCACCCAAUCUUUCACUAUGCAUAUAACAUCACAAGUUUUCUCCUCCCACAGAAGAUAAAGAAAAGAGUGGUAAUAUUUACUGAGGCUAACUCACACGAGGUAUAUACUAACAUUCCUAGAGAUCUGUUCCCAGAGGAACUAGGUGGCAGUAACGGUUCCCUAAAAGAGUUGACUGUUGAGUGGAAGAAGAAGGUGGAAAGUUACAGAGAAUGGUUUCUUCAGGACGAAAAGUUAAGAAGCAACGAAGACCUGCGCCAAGGAAAACCUAAGGCGUCUUCCGACUUUUUUGAGGCGAAUCUUUCGGGGACGAAUUUACCGGUGGGCGGCUGUUCUGGAGGCUAA